AUGCAGCGCCAAACACGCCGACUGACCACUACGGCCGAAUCUGCCGAUGUUUCUCAAAUGGAUCCCUGGAAAGACGAUCGCUGUCGUGACUUUAUCGCCCUAAAUACUAUUCAACGCCUUCGUGCCUAUCACGCAGACGAAAUGCCGCCGGUAGAACCCGUGAAUGUUGUGCGAGCCACAAAUUUAUUACUCUUACCAGCCGCACAGCCAGACAAGCGUACAUGUGAAGAGGCGGAGGGUUGUGCUGUGGAUUUGGCGCGUAUUCUCUUCUUUGGCCCAACGGCGUUUGUUUCCCUCACCGCCCAGGGCCGCAUGACGGCAUCUCCGCACGGUAGACAUCACAGUGGAAGUCGGGCGAGUUUUACCCCAACACCAACACCAACCAAAACAACAACAACUACUACUACUAUCCUUACAGCAAAAGAAGAAGUAGAAGAAGAAACUGGAGAAAAGACGGGAGUAGUAGUACCUGUGAAGUCUGCAGCUCCACAAACAUCACUAGAGCCAAUAACACUUCAUAAAGAGAUGAGUACCGAAAAAGAUACCGCCACUGUGCAUGGAUCCAUCUCUCAUGAGAGAAACACAAAAGAAGUGGAGGAGGAAUUGCCGCACGAUGUUGUGAUGCCGGACGCCACACCGCUGAAACGACCAGAAAUGGAUACAGCCGUCACUCCCGCCCCGCGUUUACCAGAGCCAAUGGGCCAACCCAUCAUCACAGCAACAACAUCCUGUGAAGAGGAACAGGAAAAGGAAAAGGGAGAAGUGGGGCAGGUCACUAGUGGUAAUAAUAGUAAUAAUAAUAAUAAUAAUAAUAGUAAUAGUGGAAAUGAGGUGGUUCGAUUUUCCUGUGCUAUUGUAGAAGCCAUUGUGGCGUAUUAUCAAUCUCUCCUUUCACGUGGUGUUGUGUUGGAUCGAUUUAACGCGAAGGAUUUGGCCUUUUCAUGGUGGGUUGUUGGAAGAAACAUGGAUGUUGCUGCUUUACAUCAACACAGUGGUCCCAUGCGGCGAGAUGCACUUUUAAUUCUUGUGCGGCAUUUUUAUUAUGAAUUACUUACAGAGCAGCGACCUAAGAAGAGUCUUCAUUUAGAUUCCCCCACAUCUCUGCGUGGGGUGAAGGAGGAGGGAUCUUCUAAUGUAAAAGGGGAAGAAGGACAUGGACAGGAGAAGUCCUCUCAUUCACGAGAACACAAAGAAAAAGAAAAGGAAAAAGAAAAAGAAAGAGAUCAUCAUCAUCAUCAUCAUCAACAUCAACAACAACAUCAACAACAAAGUGUAGCGGGAGAAGAAGUGAAGAAACGACCACGAAGUCGACUGGAUCCCACACGUACGAGUCCUCCACCGGUGAGUAGUCGUAUUCGUCGUAGAUCGAGAAGUGCCGUGGAUGAUGAAAUGGAAGAAAAAAAGACAGAGAAACAAACGGUAAAGCAGACAGAGAGUGUUGGAACGCCUAUCCUCUCUAAUACUCGUACCAGACAACAACAACAACAAUCUCAAUCUCAACAAUCUCAAUCUCAACAACAACAGGCGAAGAGAACACAAAAACCCAAAGAGACUGUAGCGACAAAAGGAGUUGUAGCAACACAAGAGUCAUCUUCAACAAAAACAACAACAACAACAACAACUGCUACUACUACUACUACUAGUAUGAAUAAUAAUAAUAAUAGUGGUAUCAAUACUACCACUACGAGUGUUACUACUCAUACUGUUACUACUAGUACUACUGCAGGAACAACAAAAACUGAAAAUAAAGAUUUAUCUUCGACAACAGUUAAUGUGGAUCCAGUUCCCCUUGUUGAGAAGCCACAUAGAUCUACACGAUCAGCCAUAAUUGAAGAAGUUUGGCGGCCAAUUCGAUCAACACGACGUCGUCUUCUUCCUUCAGAAGACAGUGCUGAUUUCAUAGAAGCAAAGUCAACCACAGCGGAUAGGCGAAAUGAACCUUCACUCUCUCUUAAACUUGUGAUGGAGCGGAUUGAACGCCGAAUGGCAAAUGAUCCCAUAUACGCAUCUCUUCUAACAGCUUUCCCAUCAUCAUCAUCAUCAUCAUCAGGAACAACAGAAAGAAUGACCAUAAAGAAAGAAACAGAUCAUCAUGAGAAUGACAAUAAUGAAAGUGAUGAAAAGAGUGGACCAAUGUAUGGCAUUUAUCCUGCACUGAUGCAGUUAUAUCGUUAUCAGCAUGUAGAGUCUGAUAAAACAGUGACGAUGCUCUCUCGUAGACUAGAAGGAAAAAAUGGAGAAAAUGAGGAUGAGAUUAGACGGGAAGUGCGAAAUCAAACCUUAGGAAGUAAAAAAAGAAAGAGGGAACAUACAGAUGAAGAAGAACAUGAAGUAGAAGAAAAGGAAGAAGUAGAAGAACGAGAACAACAACAUCAGGAACAAGAAGAGAAAGAGGAAAAAAUACAGUCAAGUGAGAUAGAGACAUUGGAUGGACAUUCACAUAAUAUAAGCCCCUCUUUAGAUGUUCUUGUGAAAACAGAGCAAGAAGAAGCAAAGAUCUCAUUAGGAUUAGUAGAGAAUGUUCAUCAUGUUUCUUAUGUAAAUGAUGAGGGAAAUUCCUCUCCUAUACGUAUACCUUCCAGUUUUUCAGAUUUAACAUACGCCCAACGAUGUCUUUUAACGUGGGAGACAUCAGUGAUGUUAUUUCCACGCUCCUCUGUUCCUUCAAGGAAAAGACAAUCAAAUGCGAAUAAAGAGAAAAACGAAGUCGUAAAGCCUAUUACAGGACGUAAGCGUCGUGUUUAUGAUUACUGGAAGACUUUAUAA